AACGGAGCGCAGGAAUGUCGAGAAUCCUUCUCGAGCGUCUCUCGGAAUCAUAUGACUGAAAUAUUGUUCGCUGGAUUAUUUGACACGCGCAUCAAAAACCGAGAGAAGAAACUAUAUAUUUCACCUCGUGAUGACGUAUAUUGGAUACACACGUCAGAUACACAAUAAUCAAAUCUAUUACUGAAUGCCCUGCUAAAAUCAAUCCGCUCUACAAAAAUAAGUCUGUUUCUCUUUUCAUCUGGAUUUACUCUCGCGGAGGAGGAGCAGCAUCACUUACCACACAACCACGUCACUCUGUCAAACCUAGCUCUCUUUUUUUUUUUUUAAUGAAAACUUGAGACAGCAAGAUCCAAACCCCUUCCUUUUUUCUUCCUGGAGGAUAUCUGGGUCGUCGGAAAAAGAUGCAGACGGGAUUCAGAUUAAAUUUGACCCCUGUUAAAGAGCCUCUGGGUUUUGUUAAAGUCGUGGAGUGGCUCACUGCUGUGCUCGCGUUUGGGACCUGUGGAGGAUAUACUGGCAGAAAUGUGGUUUCCAUCUUCUGUGACGGAAGUGGGAAUGAAACACUCAGUGCCACUUUCACCUACCCCUUCAGGUUGAACCAGGAGCGGCUGGUGGAGAACAACACCACUCUGUGCAACCGCACAGUUGCUGAAACCCAUCUGGUCGGAGACUCCUCGUCCUCGGUGGAGUUUUUUGUGGCCGUGGCCGUCUUGGCCUUCCUCUAUUCUAUGGUGGCUCUGCUGGUCUAUCUGGGCUACAUGCAUGUGUACCGAGACUCAGACUUCGGCCCUAUGUUUGAUUUUGUACUAACCGCGGCGUUUGCGUUCCUGUGGCUGGUGUGCUCGUCGGCGUGGGCGCGCGGCCUGCAGACGGUGAAGGACGCCACCGGUACGGCUGGCAUUGACUCGACUCUGGCGCUCUGUACGGACGGAGGUGUCAAAUGUGAAGUCACUGAGUAUGCUAGCAUGCGAUCGCUCAAUAUAUCUGUGGUGUUUGGUUACUUGAAUCUUCUCAUAUGGGUUGGGAACGCCUGGUUUGUGUACAAGGAGACACGCUGGCACUCUCAGAAGGUCAACGCUCAACAGGCGGCGGGACGGGGUCCAGCUCCAGCACACAUCUAAACCAUAACCAUGCCCACUUUAGCCUUUAUGAUAAAUACAUGGCAACAGUUUACGCUCGCAGUUCGUCUGUAAGAAAGUGUUAAAUUGCAUUUGGUAUUCAUGAUGUGAUGUUUCUCUCUUCUCCUUCUAUGUUUUAUAUCUUUCACCUUUUGAUUUCUUGUGUACUUGAAGAACGUAUUCCUGUGUGUAUUAUUGCAUUUGAAAAUUGCAGUUUCAUCCUUAUUCAUGUUUAUUUUGCUUUUAUAUUGUUAUCUAUGCGUUUUAAGCAGUAUUAAGCGUUUCUAAUGGUGCUGGAGUUUGGUUUUGGUACACAUCCUGAAGGUUUUUCUUUGUUUUACUUCCAUUGUUGUUCAUGCUUUUUUUUUUUUUAAAUGAAUAAAACCGACUGUGAAGUGCA